CGUUGUUGUUGAUAGUGUGUGUGAUCAGAGAGGCGCCAGUGGCUGUUUGAUUGCCGAUGCUGUUGUGACCUGUUCGUGCUGCUAACCCAAUGGCGCAACAGUGGCGUGUAGUUCUUCUUCGCCAUCUUGCUCGUGUGGGUGAGAAUCUUGUUGAUAAGGACAAACCUGUGCUGUCACUCGUGUCCUCGAGAUCACGUCCACCUGUGUCGCUAUCGUGCUCGGGUGGGCAAUACAGGCAGGCGUGUGAUCUGGAUUGCAGGGGAGACAAGUUGGGAGCAGGGUCAGGCAGUAGGGAUAGGGAGGAGGAGGCCAUGAACAUACGAAGGAUGGGUAGGGAAAGAGGAUAUGGCACGUCCUGGUCUUCUAUGGUCAGGGAGCUCUCGAGCAAUUUUGGGGAGCGCAAUGUCAUUCUGGACGCAUGGAAGUGGAGGCCUCGAGUUGAAGUACACGUAGGAGGACGCUUACGAGGAACCCCAAGGGUUGCGCUGAGUAGUGGAAGGAAAGGUUCAGCAUCAGAGAGGCUAUGGGAGAGAGAGGAGAGGAUCCGUUGGCUUUGGACGUCGACGGCGACAAGGGAGAGCACUCGGGAGGAUGGGUCUGAAGCAGGGGAUAACGCCCGAUUUGAACAGGGGGAGUCUACUGUCACCUACCUGAAAAAUUGGGAGAAUGGAGCUGAAGUGUACCUUGUCGGGACAGCACACAUUUCUCAAAAGAGUGCAGAGGAAGUGAGGGAUCUGGUGCGACGUGUGCAACCUGAUUAUGUUAUGGUUGAGCUUGAUCAGAAGCGCUUCGAAAAACUACAACGGGCAAGAGCGCACGACCAAAGCUUCUUCAAGGACUCUCUCUCUCUGCUCACUCAAGGGAAAACUGGGAUUCUGGGUAAACUGAUUGGGGUUGGGCUGAUGGGCUUCUAUCGUCUUCUUGCCAAACAAGGUCUAUUUCCAGGGGAAGAAUUCAAGGCUGCAAUCGAUGAAGCAAAGGCGGUCCGUGCAGAGAUAGUGCUCGGUGAUCAAGAUGUCGAGGAAACUCUUAGGAGGCUAGAGGCUGGGUUGACGUUCAGUGAUGUUCUGUCGUUUUUCCGAACGCCGAUGCCUGAUGACCUGAAGCAGACUGUUAGCAAGGUUGCCGAGGAGAAGGGGCAGAGCAUUGAGGCCAUGGUUGAGGGCCUGAAGACCCGGAAGAUGGCACGGAAACUUGUUCAAGAGAUGAGAAAGAAGGCACCACACAUAGCCAAGGUGAUGAUUGAUGAGAGAAAUGAAGUGAUGGUGUCCAAAUUGAGGGGGCUGAAGGGGAAAAUUGUUGCCGUUGUUGGACUUGCGCAUGUGGAUGGAAUGGAAGCUUCGUGGCACAAGCUAAAUAGGCACGCAUGCGAUCCGUUGUAGAAGUCCUUGUGGCAUUGACCCGCAUUGCAGAUGCAUAAGGUUUUUGCACCUUAAUCUGGAGGACGGCAGUGCCUGUCAUUUGUGACUAAGCGAUGGCAGAUUAGAUUCUUUACUGGGAAGCGCUCGUGCCACCUAUCCUGUGGCCGCACCUUGGUGAUAGGGUCGUAUUGCGCAGAUGUCCGCUGGCUCUCCGGAGGUCGCAUUUGCGAAACCUUGGCUCAAUGCUUUGUGUGCACGGCUAGUGGACCCCUGACACCCCUGCCAACCUCCCAGAAUAUGUCCCUUGCAGAGGAUAUCUGGUGGGGAUCCACAAGGAAGUGGAGAUAGCUUUUCAUAUUCUUUAGAGAAGGGGGACAAGAUUAGCACUGUUGUGCAAAAAUGAAGGCUGCAAUUGCACUGCAUUUGCUCAGCCUCAGUCACCGGACAUCCUGAGGACAAAUAUCGACCUCUUGGGAGAAGUAAAGUGACUUUGGCGUGGAAGGCUACUUGUCAGAGUGGUGAAAACACGGGAGCGGACUGGGGGCAUACCAUCUACCUGUUUCGAUGGGUAUGUCAAACACAAGGAUGCAUGUGACUUUGGCAUGCCGGUUACCUGUUUCAGUGGUGAAACAGGAGAGAGGAAUGGGGGCAUACCAGCUAUCUGUUUGUAUGGCAGCAACUCGAGAGAGGAAUGCGGGGGUACCCGAGCACGUGCAUGCGCUACUCUUGCAUACGGGCAACCUGUUUCGUGGGUGAAAACACGACAGAGGAAUAUGAGCAUACAUCAGGAAUCCAUUUCAAUGGCAAAAACAUGAGAGAGGGAUACGGGCAUACCAGCUCUCUUUUCCAAUGGCGAAAGCGUGCUAGAGGAAUGUGGUAUUUCAGAUUUCUCGUAGUUGCCUCUUUUUCCAAUUCUGCUUUCUGCCACGUGCCAAAAAUUUAAGGAUCUGGGACGGGUAUGGCGUCGCAUCUUUUUGGGUGGCGCUGCGAGCCUCUCCGUCCAGUAGCCCAACCCACAAUUUUCUGUCGGUUUAACCGCCGCGCUGGAACAAAAUAGCCGGGAAACG